CAUGAUUACCUGGGCAGUGGAUAACAAGGCUACCAACGCCGCGCUUGCUCGAGCCCUUAAAACGAGGAACGGGAAGGACUACCUUGAAGAUUAUCCUGGGGAGUGUUUCCUAACCUCAGAGGAGGUGGGCAAGGCUCUCCUUGGUACUCCUAACGGUAUUGGUAUUGGGUACUUUCUUGUUCAGCACAAAGCUGAACUAGGACAUCUCAAGGUCGGAGAGGCGUGUGUGUUCUUCACUGACAGUGUGAUCUUCAUGGAGCGCGAAAUGGCUUCAAUCCACUGGAAGAUUGUGCCAGCUACCAUGGGCGAUGUCGUGGCCGGUUAGUGGAUCAAGCAGUCGCGGGUGAUUGACAGUCAGAGGCAUAUCGUAUAGGUCUGACGUCCCGUAUGCACAUGCAUCAGACUUGGAAGGAAAUUCAUAAAAGCUUUACCACGA